AUGUCGCGUCCGACGGCGUGGCCUCGAUCAUCUUUCCCGCUCGGCGCGUACUGCCCUGCUACCCGAUGCGUCCAGAACCUCGCGGACAGUCGCCGCACCGCGGCGACCGCGUCCGUCUACGCUGAGGCAUGCAGCCGGGCGCUCCAGGCUGUGAUGUGGAAGGUUGUGGCCGUCGACCUUUCUUGUCGGCCUUCUCGUGCAGAUGGUGAGUCGGUGGGGGGUGCGGUGGCCGUGCGUCGCGAACACGGCGAGAAAGACCCAGACAGCGACCUGCGAGCUUCGGACACGAAGGCGGAGACAACUCGCUCGGGGUAUCCGGAGCCCACGGGACUCGCCGGGAAUGCCGCCGCGGCGCCGGGAGAUACUUUGGAGACGCAGAGAGUGACAAAGGCGUGGGGGGAGACGAACACGCAAGAGGAGAGUUGUUGCGGAUCGAGUCCUUCGAGCGAAGUAGGCCAUGCGGAAUGCGAAGAAGCAGAGGAAGAGCCAAGAUCGCUGAGGGAAGGGCGAACUGCUGACGGGGGCUUUGGGUCAUCUAUGAAAGGCAGCUGUAUUCAGGGCGGCGAAGCAUGCGUGAAGUUUGAAAAUCCAUACAGGGCGUCGACAGGGACAGAUGCACAAAGGACGCAACCGUUUCUUGCUCCAGGUGUCUAUACAGCUGGCGAGCCGUGGUUGUCGCUAGGGAACCCACAGCAGCUUCUCGUGCCUACAGGUAGUUUGGGAGAACUGCGGAGGAUUCUGUUCUGUCCCGCGAAACACGAGUCUUGCGCAGCUUGCAGUAGCGGAAGCGUUUUUGAGGCGAUCCAGCAAAGCCCAGAGGACGCCUCCGCGACGCCUGAACCUCCCCUCGACGUCGCUGGCUCUGCGUGCUCUGCGGCUCACGUAGAGGCGACCCACGGGGUUCGCGCGGGCGAGAAAGAAACGGGGAAGCAGCUCUUUGUUCCCGGCGAUGAGAAGGAGUGGCCGAAGCUGACGAGCUCGGAACGCGCCUCACGGCAAACGGACGCAUGCCGCGGCAAUGCCGAUACAGCAGACGCCUUCCAGGUGUUGGAGGCCAGUGUGGCGAAGCUGCGGCAGUGCGGCAUUCCCUCUCAGCUUCUCCUUCUUCGUUUCCACCCUCGUAUGCGACCUCGAAAGCCGCGGGAGGCGCCUGCAACUGCUUCUGAGGAGAGUCGAGCCGAGGGUUCGCCCCUUUCCAGGGAGUCCCCGGAGUCCGGGUGUUUGACGAGAGGCGAUGUAGGGGGUUGUAUGGAGUCAGAGACCUCGCGAGCCGACGAAGGGGAACAGGACAAGCAGGCCUCUCUGUGCGUCUCUUCACCUGCGAGUAAGGAGGAGGGUAGAGACUCUGCAGAGACAACGCCAUUGUGGCUCACACUCGACGAGCUUCUGCUGGGAACCGAGGCGGCGGUCCCAGAAGGCGAGAAGGUGGGGACGGAGAGAGAGGGAGAAGAGUCGGAGCGCGAAAGAGGGAGACGCGUCCUCGUUUCGUUGCUCGGACAACGCGCAGGCACCGCCGACGGCCCAGAGCGUGUAGUCACCUUCUCAGUGGAUCGCGCGAUGUCUCGGCAGUUCCUCAGCCUCCAGAAGAGUCAACGGAGAGCCGAGGCAAAGAAGGUUUCGUAUUGGUGCGCGUGCGAGGCGGAUCGGUGGCUCGCCCUGAGUGCAUGCGGGACGGCCUUCGCGAGGGUCUCCUGGCAGGCCACGCGCCGCCCGCGGGCCGGCGAGGAAACGGGAGACAGGGAGGGGACAAGGACCCCUGAGAACUCGCGCUGUUGGGAAGCAGAGAACCUGCUUGUGAAGGAAGUUGUCUUGUGCGUCGCCCUCGUUCGGAUUGUGGACUGGAAAAUCGCGCCUUUCCCUCUCUUUUCUGCCGGGUGGCCGCUGCUCCCCAAGUCGAGUGACGCACAGAACCGCGAUGAAUGCGGCGACCUUCUGACGGAAAUGGACAGAGCGGCACCCAGGAUGCAACACAACCUAGGGGUGAAGACAGCCCAGGACGCACCGGGAACGCUCCCGGUGCCCUGGGUGCCCGUCCGGGUCGAGGAGGUCGACUCGGAGAGCGGGGUAGCUGCGUCUCGCGGAGAAUCUCUCAAGUCUGAGACAGAAGGCCACGAGACGCUGCCGAGCAAGUGUCCGACGGCAAAUCCGCUUGAAUCUGUGAGCGACAAGUUGCCGGGGACUGCCGAUUUCCGAGGUUGUCCCAAUGUCAAUUUGUUUCUAGGGGCGGCGGUCUUCCCCAUCUUCUCAUUGGCGAAGGCGGGAGACGCGUCCGACGGUCCCUGCGACCCCCUUUCUGUCAUCUUGCUGUCGUCCCCAGAGAGAGUCGCUCAGAUCAAGACAAAUGAGAUGGAGGAGCCUCUCGAAGCUGGCAAAGAUCCCGCGGCUCCCACGUCUCCUUCUCCCCUGGAAAGCAAAGGCGGAGAGCUCAAGACUUCGAAUGGAGCACCCUGGGGUGUUGUCUGUGUCGAAUCUCUGCAUGCACACGCUGACUCAGGAACUGCAGACGGAGGCAAGAGAGACUGUUGCCGAGGUCCGCGACCCCCAUCGGCGGAAACCGGAGGGUGGUCGCUCCCUUCAGGUGUGUCGGCGUCACUUCCAGAAGCGGACCACAGCGCCGUAGAGAAGCGGGGAACUAGCUCGGCAGCGGAAGGCGACUCCAGUAGGGAGCCGGGAGCAGAAGCGAGCUCGAGUUUCCAGCACGUGGAGACAGAGCAGCCGGCGCGAUCGUCGACGGACGAAGCAAGUGAUAAAGGACUAGACGGCGAGCCUCUCUGUGCUUCGUUGGUGGAUUCGGAUAUUCCUGGCGACCAGGAAGAAGACAGAGCGACAUGUGAGGCGACAGUGGAGGCGAGCGGAGAGACACUGACGGGAUUUGGCGAGGCGAAGAGAGAUGAUGUAGCCGAGCAAACAGGCGCAUUUGACGUGACAACGGAAAGAGAGACAGUCCUGUGUGUCUCGCCUCAUGGGCACCGGAACGACGCGCUUCGACCUCCUUCUUCUUCUUCUUCUUCUUCUAACAAGUCUGCUUUCCAGCCACCAGAUGGUGCGCCGGCGCCGCUGGGCGUCCCUAGUCCGUUUCCUGGUCUGGCGCGCGUCUUCGUUCCCUCUUUGUUGUCUCCUGCCUCUGUUUCUACGGUGCCUUCUUCGGGGUUGACCACGGCCUUUUCCCCCUCGGGCGCUGUGCCGCACAUCGUCUCCGGUCAUGCAGGUGAGGCCGAGCGCGUCCUGGCGCCUGUCGGCCACGGGCUCGCGACCGGGACAGAGGGAUGGGUGCGCGAGGAGCCCCGAGGAAGCGAGUCUCAACUCGAUUCCAGAAGAGAAACUUCCCAGAACGCGAGUGAGGGCGUGUUUUCCGAGGAAGCCUCCGACGAGAAGCGUAGGCGGAGGAAGAAGCAGAACAAGAAAGAGGACCCCGGAGCGCGGAAAAGCAAGGCGCUACGGGGCAGAGAGAGCGUGACCGACCAGAGGACGGCAGCAGACGCGAGUGCCGAGCCUGGAGAUCCUGAGAGAGAGUCCGAGCCGGUCGACGGGAGGGACCGACGAAUAUCACAGGCGGGCGUGGAAGCCGACCCCCAGCGAGAGGAGGCGCAAGGAGCGCAUGCAGGUGAAGGAAAGAGCGGGAGGACCGAUGACUGCGCACUUUCUUCCUCGUUGCCAGGACAGCCCCGGGAACAGGGACCCGGACAGGGAGGCGACGAGCGGGGCGGCGACGCCAGUGUCAGAACGCAAGAAAGAGAGACGCUUCAGUCUGUGCGCAGAGGUGACGACAGUCACUCCGAGUCGAGCGGAGUCGAGUCGCCGACCCCCCAGUUCAAUCUCCAGCCUUAUCCGUGCACACUCGGCCGAGACAGCCCGGUCGUCCCCGUGGCGGCACUGCGGCAGCGAGGCUCCCUGUGCGUGUACCCGCCCCCUGUCGUCGUGGGAGGUAGCGAGAGCGAAGAAGAGGACUUCCAUUUUCAACAAAUGUACUCGACAUGGCAGCGACAGCAGCUCUACUGGCACCAAGUCUUUCUGCAGCGGGUUCAGGGAGAACAGUACCACAUGCACCUGCGCCGGGCCUCUCAAAUUCAGUACGCGGCAUGGUGGGGGCGGUUCUACCAGCACUUGCAGAGCAACCUACCCCCCUCGCGCCCAGGCUCCUUCUUCCCUCUCUCUGCGAAGGAACACAUGGUGCCCCGCGACGAGGCUGAGGGCGGCGAGCGCCCGAACUGUGGCGCAAAAGAGACUUCGACGGACGAAGCCGUGCGAGCGUGUCAACCUUCAAACGGCGUGACCAGAAACCCCCUUUUGGGCUACACUCCACCUUCGCCGCUGCCGCCGGAAUGCGGCCUUUCCUGGAAUGCGCCGAAUCAGGUCCCUCUCUCCACGCCGACCUGGCAACCGCAGCUCCUCCAGGACGAGCCACGCGGGCGCGGAUCCGCCGACGGGUCUCGUAUCCCCGCGGACCCUGGUCCCUGUCCCUCUGGGGAUGAGGACAAAGACCCGAAACCCGCCGACGGAGACAGCGCACACGCAGCAGGUGCAGGGGGCUCAGGGUCCGAGGAGGAGCAGCGUGAGGACGCAUGCAGCAGCAGAGAGGCGAGCCGGCAGGAGGGCGACGCCCGAGACCAAGACGAACGGAGGGACCCGACUCCGAGGGAAGGGACGGAGGCGGCGAGAUCGAGGAUCCAGAUUGAGGACGCACCGGUGAGUGGUCAGAGCGAAGAAAGUGGAGGUCAGGAAUGGAUUGAGGGCUCUUCAGGCUCGAAACGAGGCGAACGCGGUGAACGGGACGCGAAUCAGAGUCGCCUAGAGACACCCCCGGAGGGGGUGCCGUCGUUGCCUUCAGCUUCGCUGUCGCUUCUCUCAUCCGAGCAGCCUGUCUCCCACGCCCUGUCUUCGGCGACCGCGACUGUGUCGGGGCCGUCAGCCCUCAACCCCGGCGGAUUCUUCGCCGUGCCUUCACCCGUCAAUCCCUUCGGGCCCGUGACCCCCGGCGCCCCCGCCGGUGGGCCUAUGAGCCCUUUCUUUUGGAACGGGCUCAUGCCCCACAACCCCGGGACUCUGCCGACUGAUGCCGGCGUCUUCCACCGAAGCCCAGGCUCGGCGUUUCUCGCCGCCGCGCCAUGGAUGUAUUACACCCUGCCCUACAUGCGAAACGUCGGCGGGCUCGGGGCGGGCCCGCUCUUCUAUCCCUAUUCAGGCCCCACGCCUCCACAGGUGACUCCGGGGGCCGGAGACCCCACACAAAAAGGCCUCUCGACGCUCACCGGUGUGGGCCCGAACGUGCCAGGCCUGGUCACGCAGCCCCCGGCCGCGACGCCUGUGUUUCCCAUUCAUUCGUUUCUUCCUCAGACCUAUCCACUGGCGGCUGCAGGGCAUCUCGGGUUCCCAGGCAUGCAGGGAUUCUCGCCCUACUUCCCUGGACUCGUGCCCGGGCGGGGCUACCCGCAAGGGGCAUCUGGAGCGCCCGAGGCUCACGCGGCCCUUGGUGGCGCGCCUGGAGGCGUAGGCGCCGCCCUACCGAGGCCCAUAGUCACGUCACCCGCUCCGGGGCAGGUGCCUCCGCUCGCGCCCGCCGAGGGCGCCGCGGGCUUGGGCCAGGCCUCCUUUCGCCCCAUGGUUCUGCGACCCCUGCCGUACCCCGGCGUUGUCGGGCCGACAACUCCGCAGACAUGGGGGCCAGGGGGAGUCGGCGCCCCAGUCGCCCACCCGGCAGCCUUCGUGGGGUCUUCAGGGCUCCCGACUGCGGUCGGAGAGACCAGCAUUGGGGCCCAAGCGUCUGCGCCGCGUUUGGGGACGGAUGUGAGCUACGAUCCAGGAUCUUCAUCCCCGCCGUCGCUGAGCGGCCCAGGGAUCCCCAACAGUUUCCUGCAGCCCUUAGCACCCGUCGCGCUCCCAAGGGGCCUCGCACCGUCUGUGACUCCGGCGAGUCGGGACGAACGGCCGAACCAUUUGCUCUUUCCAGUCGGGACCCAGGUCCCUGCCUAUGCUCACCCCUCCGUGCCGGCGGUGCCUGUAGGCCUGCCUCUGUCUGGGGCCCCAGUUUACUCUGCAGCCACUCGUGCCCUCAUGUGGGGCGUCGGCGUGUCUCCCCUAGGCGAGACAUCGGGAGGCCCACCUGGUGCGGGAACCCCUCCGUUCACAUCUCCCACGAUGCUGGGUGAGGCUGCUUUUCGUGUCGGAGUCGCCGGAAGAGGCCUCGGCUUGCCUCCACCUCCGAGCUUGCCACCGGCCCCCAGACAGGAGCUGGGCUUUGGACUCGCGGGGCGGCGCGGAGACCCCCAGGACCUUGACGGAGGUGUGGGAACUGCUCGCGACCGUGCGCGUCGUCUCAUUUCGUCUGCAUCUUCCGGGCGACUGCGAGCGGCCGUGGAGCUGGAACGGAAAGCAAAGAGAGGCGACGAGCUAGGGAGGGUGGAGACGCUCUCAGAGAGAGGGGCGCCGCCCUCUCCAAGCGGCUCCCGCGUGGUAGACAGACACACGCGGGAGUCUCCGAUGUUGCAUGCAGAGGGUGGCAUGGGGGCAACGCGGUGUGGUACGGACGAUAUGUUAGGCUGGGAGGUGAAAGGCAAGGCGCCGCGAGCGGGGAAACUCCAAGUCGAGGGGCAGAAAGCAACUUUGGAGACAGUGGGACGGGAAGUAGCCGAACCAGGUGCCGUCACAAGCCCUCGGGACGAAUGCAAAGGGAGAGACGGGCGCCGUCGUGCGGGGACAGUGCAUCUGGCGCCUUCAGAGGCUUCUCAUCCCGAGAGCGACUGGGAUGCCUCUCAGUCUGUCCGCAGCGCAGGUGCUGGCGAAGUAGAGGCACCGGCCCGCGGCAGGGCGUGGAGAUUCGAAGCGUCGGGGUCUGUGGGGUCGCCGGCCUCUUUUGCAUCCCCUGGUCGGGCGUGGGUGGAAGGGACAGAAGGGGAGACAGGGGAGUUGAAAGGCGAAGGCUUUUCGCCCUUCGCUCGGAGCCGCUCUUCCUCGUGUUCGCUUCCGUCUCGCGGCGCGCCGUCGGAGUCGUCUCGUUCUCGUCACUCUCCCAGCGGUGGGCCCUCUCUGUGCCCCGAGACGCCUGGUCCGGGGACUCUGGACAUAGGGCGACAUCCCGGCGAGCCUUCUCUGCCGCCGUCGAGGUGCUCCUGUCCCUCGUUCCCGCUGUUGCAGGCCUCUGACAGCGACACAAGCAAACGCGAGUUGUUCACGCCGACGGAGAGCCUCGUGGUUCCCGAUCCGCUUUCGCGGGCUCCUGUGUCUCUGGCAGUGUCUCCUCGCCUGUCGCCUCGAAUCGGAGGCAGACCCCACAGUGGCGACGACCGCCGGAGCUGUCCCUGUUCGGCGUGUCUCUCUUUGAAUGCCGCUGGGCGCUCAAACUCGAGGACGAAGAGAAGAGAAGCGACGCACUGCCCCGAGGAAGAUGGCCUCCAGCAACCUUCAGCUGGGGAGACACGCGCCAAAGACAGCCGACACCCAGAUAGGCCCGGGAGCUCUGCGACCGGGUCGUCGCUCUCGCCCAGGCGACUUCAGAACGAGCCGCGGGCCUCCGGGGGCGGACCUGCAACGGCAUCGCGACAGAUGGAGACAGAGGAUCGGUCAGAGUGGACUACUUGGUCGCCCCGAGAGAACGGCGAAAAGUCGCGCGCCCCGUGCUACCGGUGUCGAUGCCCUGGUGGCGUUGGCGACGGAAGCAUGGCACUUGAGGCUUGUAAGAAACGCGCGUCCGACGCCCCUUUCGCUGCUGUCUGUUCCUCAGAGUCUGCGGCGGGAAAAGGCCUGGGACCCCAAGCCCGGGUGAGUCGCGCGCGGCUCUCGCCCACCACGGCGCGUCUGCUGCGAAGAGGCAAGAGGGCAGAUCUGAACCUGCGGGCCUUCCACGCUUGCUCGACUCCUGCGGCGAAUGACUCGUCAGAAGAAGCGACCGACGACGAGCACUAUGGCGAGAGCCGCGGACGAUCGAGAGAGCUGGAGGCGGACAGACGGAGACGCGAGGUGUGGAGAGGUUCGCGGCCGAGCCCAGAGAGCGACGGGGAUGCAACGAAUGCCUCGAGAGGGCGCAGGGACGAACGGGAGCGGGCGAGGAGAAGCGCGAGCCGGCAAAGCGGAGACGAGGCUGGCAGCGAAAGCGCUGUGAAGACUGAAGGGGUCAUGGAUGGAAACGGACAGUCGUUCGACGAGAAGAGAACGGAGGCGAAGGCGUUCGAGGCUCAGGGGAACCAGGAGACCGAGCGCGUCUCCAGCGGCGACGAGGAGCACGGGGAGCGCAUGUCCGAUGGCGCAGGAUUGGGACAGGAAAAUGGAAGAGAAGAGGCGAAUGGAGGUGAGAGAAACCGGCAGAUGCACAAGGGCAACGGAGAUGAGGGUUCAGAGUCUAUGAGUUCCGGGUCUUCUCCGUGUUCCUCUCGCACCUCGAGUCCCGAACGAGACGCGAAAGAAGUGAGGUUUUCCCUCGACACUCUCUGGCAGUCUUUUGAAGACGCAAGCGUGUACGGCCUUGAGAUUCCGUUUCUGGAUGCAAAUGACAAUUUGUCCUUUGUCGUCUACAUUCCGUAUCUCUCUGCGUUGCAUCUGUACCCGGCGUCGGGUGCCCUCGACGACCCCGUCCUCCCUGGCGCCCACGACCUUCCGCUGCCCACAGCGGCUCCGGAGCAGGAGAUACCUGUCUCCUCGCUCGAGGGCGGCCGUGCGACGGCGAGUGCCGCUCAGGGCCUCUCCCCCUCCUCGCAGCCCCGGAACGGGCGUCCGAGUGCCCCCUCGAGCGCUGCAGGGCGCGCGGUCUGGUCGCCUGUCCUGAGUGCGGCGGGAGUGUCUCGGUCUUCAAGUGUCUCCGCGCGAGACGGGAUCGAGAGCCUGGACAGGGCCGCAGGAAGGAGGCAGGAGGCGCAGGGGUCCGAAAGGCGCGGCAGCGCGAGCGACGACGCGAAGGAAGGUCCGCCGCCGCUUAGGAUCCCUGUGGCAGCGCGACGAAGCCCGGCGCCGUGGACGCCGUCCACGAACUCUCUGGGCGUCGAGGCGUCUACAAAGAAACCCAGCUUCAAGUACAUGGAGGUGCGUCUUCUGUACCAGCGGCGGCCGCUCUUCCAACAAAUCGAGAGACUUCUCCAGGGCGAAGAAGUCAUGCAGAGUCAACAGCUCAACCUUCUUGUCGCCCAGUGUGACGAACUCGACCAAGACCUCUCAUGGUUGUGUGUUUACUGGCAAGCGGUUCAGCGCGAUUUCCGGAUGACGCCGGCGCCCUCUUACCUGGUGUACUAUCGUCUGCGAGCGACGCGAGACCGCGCGACAGGCCUGGCGACUCUGCAGCGUUUUGCGACGAUUCCUUCUCGGCUGGACCUUCCGUUUUACAUUCACACAAGUCACCGGCCUCUCGCCUCUUCCUUCGCGGACGCAGGAGCCCCAGAAGGCUUUAGGAGAGACGCCGCGGCUGCAGAUGGAGACAGAGGAGACACGUGGGCGCGGCGGAGGCGUCGGGGCGACCCUCGCCCCGCAGAGAGGGACUCUGGGUUGCGCGACGCGAGCGCCCGCGCAGCGGCGGAAUUCGCAGAAAAAGUGGACAAGGAAAUCGCGAAAGUGACGGACUGGCUGCGCGAACUGCGCCUAAAUCACCCUGACUUCGAACACUUGAAGGCGCGGGGCAUGGGAAGAUCCACCACUCUGAUGAGGCGACCAGGGGAGCUUUGAGCCUCUCCACUCGAAGGGCCGUGGUGGUCGAGCGACCUGGCGAGCUCCAGGCACCUAGCGCGCAUGCGUCUUGUCUUCCUGUGUUGUGCGACGGCGCCAAAGAAAGGAGGGAGAGGAAGGAGCAAGGGACGCGAGAGGCAUAACAGGAAGAAGAUGCGGAUCAUAUGUCACAGCACACGUCGAGAGGACCGGUGGGGGGCCAACCGUGGAAGCGAGGGGACUCGGGCAGAAGAUCGAGGGAUUGGAAUUGGAGCGCAAAAGAGCGCCUCGCAGCGGUGGCUGAGACAGCCUGAAUGUGGAUCUAGAAUGCAGGGGGAUGGCGCUGUUCAUGAUAAAGGCGUUGCUAAAGACAUCUCGAACUCAGUUUUCUCUCCCAGUUGUUUUGUAUCGGUGCCUCGCACAAUUGGACACAAUAAGUUGUAAACAUCC